AUGGGGGCAUCCCAGGGGAAGGAUGAGAUGUUUGGAGAUUUAUUUGCCGGAGUCGAAGAGGAUGAUGAUCUCGAUGCCCUAGUCGCUCUCGAGGAGGCCUUCUCUAAGUUAAGAGCUGAACUGACUCAUCGCGAGGAGGAGUUCGAGAAACUUUCCACGGAGUUAAAAGAGCUAAAAACUCUAUACGCCCGAAGGGAGGAGGAACUGAACAGCCUUCGAGCAAGCCCGGAGAAAAUGCUCCAAGAGCGGGCCGACUUCACUGGGCAGAUUGAGCGAAAGAAUGCCCUAGCGGAGCAGCUUCAGGAAGAGAUUUCCGCCAAAGAUGCCGAGAUACUUGAGCUAAAGCGGUGCAAGGAUAGCACGACCUUGGAAAGGAAUACUCUCCGAGGGGAACUGGCCUCGACCUAG